GAUCAUCAGUUGAGCGCAUUCGCUUCUAGUUCACCUUCACGCAAUUUCCAAUUUAUUCACGAUGCGUUUAGCUGUUGGGGUGUUCCUUUGGGUCGUCGCGUCUGUCUGUUCUCAUCCUGCUCGUGAAGGGCUAGUGGAUGAUAGCAAAAUCGUCAACGGAGUCCCGGCAGCUGCUGGAGAAUUCCCAUCUAUCACGGUUUUACUUUUAAAUGGCUACUUGUGCGGUGGUACCUUGAUUGCUCCAUCUUAUGUCCUGACGGCUGCUCAUUGCUUGGCAGAUCACGCCCAAUCAGAGUCGAGCCUUUUCACUGUGUAUCUAAACACGUUGUCAAUUAACGGUGGCGGAACAGGAUCUCUGACUAGAAAAGUGACUAAAUUCAUCGUCCAUGAAGCCUACAACGCCAAUACUCAGGAUAACGACAUUGCUUUGUUGGUCCUGGACUCACCGGUGACGACAAUCACGCCCGUUACCCUUCCGACCGAUUCAUCGGUGACAACCACUACGAAACCUACCACUACCCCACCACCCACUUCAACUACCAAACCAGCAUCGACCACAACAACCAAACCAGUAACGACUACAACAACUAAGCCUUCGACGACGACAACGAAGCCAACAACAACAACCAAACCAUCGACAACUACAACUACUAAACCGACCACAACAACGACCACAAAACCAACCACCACCAAAUCUACCACAACGGUGAAAACAACGACAACCAAACCGACGUGUUCGUGCACUUGCCCGCCACCGACUACCCCCGCGGUAAGAGCUUUCAGCACCUACUCCAACAGCCCGGCCGUCAUCGCUGGAUGGGGAACCACAUCUUCAGGGGGAAGCGUUUCGCAAGUGUUGUUGAAAGCUGACGUCACUGUUUUGGACAAUAGCGUCUGCACCAGUCAAUACGGCACUGGAUUUAUUGCUGCUGACAUGUUGUGUGCCUCUGCUCCUGGUACGGAUACCUGUCAGGGUGACAGUGGUGGCCCUCUUUACGUCAGCGGAGUUCAAGUGGGUAUUACAUCCUUUGGCUAUGGUUGUGCUGAUCCCAGCUAUGCCGGUGUAUACACUCGUGUUACCACUUAUCUCGGUUGGAUUGCAACUACCAAGGCUAACAAUCCUCCUGCAACAGUUGGUUAAAACUAUUACCUUUGGAAUUGCAGUCUCUUCUACGACGUAAACCGAACCUGAUAUGAAAAUGAAUUUAAUUUAAAAUUUUUGUCGCUUGUGCGAUUUUGAAUUGAUAAGACCACAUAAUUACGUGUCUCUUAUUGUUUGUGAAAUGUACAUGGGCGAGAAAAUAAAUUUCU